AUGAUUUCUUCUUCACAUCCAAAGAACUCACGUAUCAUAGAUACUUUCACGGUGGAGUCUAACGACGUUGAGAAGAAAGGGGAGGUCGUAGUAUCAGUUCAGACAGCACCUACUAGCGCUUUGGUAUUUCCGGAAGGCGGGAGACAGGCAUGGUUAUCACUCAUAGGAGCCUACAUUGGUGCCUUUGGUGUAUAUCAGGAUUUCUACGUCCGUGAAUAUCUCACGGAGCAUACACCAAGCGAAAUCGGCUGGAUUGGAGGGAUACAAAUCAUGCUCACAUUUUCUGCGGGUAUUUUUGUUGGAAGGGCAUUUGAUCGCGGAUACUUUUAUCACCUUAUGAUAUGUGGGGCUAUCAUCCACGGAUUAGCGAUUUUCAUGCUAUCACUUUCUCAUAAAGAUUCAUAUUAUCAAGUGUUUCUCACGAACGGUGUAAUGAUGGGGUUAUCAGCUGGGAUUUGUUAUAUUCCCAGCCUUGGAAUUGGUACGCAUUAUUUCAUGAAGAAAAGGUCCAUGGCAAUGGGCAUAGCAACAUCUGGAAGUGCUCUCGGCUCUGUCUUGCAUCCUAUCAUGCUGAACCAGUUUUUUGGUGGAUCCAUUGGCUUCCACAAAGGGGUCAGAAUAAGCGGCGGCAUCAACCUUGCAUUGUUUGUCAUCGCCAUAAUCAUAAUGCGUACCAGACUCCCCCCAAAGAGCGCCCAAAAGUUCCCAAUUUUAUCUUGGAUGAAAGAGCCCGCCUACCUAGCGCUGUUUAUCGGAUCAUGGUUCGUCUUCUUGGGGCUUUUCUAUCCCAUAUUUUAUAUACAGCUCUCAGCUAUCAAACAUGGGAUUGAUCACACGUUUGCGUUUUACUCACUCUCUAUUCUCAAUGGAGCAAGCGUUCUUGGACGAAUACUUCCAGGCGUCCUUGCCCCUCGGCUAGGAGCGUACAAUCUUCUUUCGUUCUGCGGGAUUGUGGCGGGAGUUGUUGUUAUAUUUAUGGUCUUUGCUAACGACGUUACCUCUGUAACACUGGUUGCAAUAUUCUAUGGCCUGUUUUCAGGAUCCUCUAUUGCGUUGGUUCCAUCUGUUGUCGGAAGUCUAUGUGCAAACAUGAAUGAGUUUGGAACAAGGAUGGGGAUUAUGUUCUUUUGGAUUAAAGGUAUAUUGGGUCUUUUCGCGACUCCGAUAUCUGGUGCCUUGCUCACGAGCGAUUACCAUUGGAUUAGAGCGGAUCUCUUUUCGGGGAUCUCGCUUAUUGUUGCGGGGAUAUUCUUUUUGAUUUCUAGAUAUUUUGUAUCCAAGCAGCGUAACACUCAAAUUCUGUAG